AUGGAAGAGUUAAACUGUAACUCCGUAGGUCCUGGCCACGCCCCCACAGGAGAACCCGAUCCACUCAAGCUAAGCCGUGGGUUGAUAGCAGUAUCAGCAGACAGACGCUUCGGGGAGACAAAGUAUCCGGCUCCAAGUGACCUCCCAAAAAUAGACCAGUGCCUCAAGACUGGGGGCCACAAGAAGCUCAGCCACAGACCUCAGAAGGGCGAGGGCCGCAGCAGGAAGAGCACGUCAACAGACCUGCUAAUGCCACAGAUCUGCAGUACCACAGCCUGUGUCCAGAGACAGACAUCCAGCCGCCUGCAGGAGCACAUGGGACUGAGGCUGAGAUACUGA